UGGGAUCAUUAUACUGGGACACAGGACAAGUUUAGAGAGGAGGUAACAUUUCUCUCUAGGGUUUAUUAGUGGUUUUUUUUGGUUGAAUUAGGGUUUAUUAGUGGUUUUUUUUGGUUGAAUUAGGGUUUAUUAGCUACUUCUCUCAAUUUCAAGGAAUACUAACAAAAGUCUUUCAAAAUUCCGGUUGAAGUAUGGAUGAGGAAACCCCAGUGGAUGAAAAUUUCCCUUUAUUUUCCCACCGGAAAAUCACACCCACAGUAGCAAAACCCUCCUCCACAACCCCCGCACUCGCACCACCCACCACCACCCAGAACCCUAGUUCUCCAGGACUCCAGAAAGAAUCAAACCAUAACCCCAAUAGCCAAGUCGUCUCUUUCUCCGAACUCGGCCUUGCCCAAUGGGCAGUCCAAACCUGCAAAGAACUUGGAAUGAACAAACCAACUCCGGUCCAACACCACUGCAUUCCCCGAAUCCUCGCCGGCGAGGACGUGUUGGGGUUAGCUCAGACCGGCAGCGGCAAAACGGCGGCGUUUGCUCUGCCUAUACUCCACCGCCUCGCAGAGGACCCAUAUGGGGUGUUUGCGCUGGUGGUGACGCCAACCCGAGAGCUGGCAUACCAGCUGGCCGAGCAGUUUCGGGCUCUUGGAUCGUGCUUGAAUUUGAGGUGCGCGGUUGUGGUUGGUGGGAUGGAUAUGAUUACCCAGGCUCAGACCCUGAUGAAACGCCCUCAUGUGGUUAUCGCAACUCCGGGGAGGAUCAAGGUUCUCAUUGAACAGAAUUCUCCUGAUAUUCCUGCUAUCUUCUCAAAAACAAAGUUCCUAGUCUUGGAUGAAGCAGAUAGGGUUUUGGAUGUGGGCUUUGAAGAAGAACUGAGAGUAGUUUUCCAAUGCCUGCCAAAAAAUCGGCAAACUUUAUUAUUCUCUGCAACAAUGACAAAAGACCUACAAACAUUACUUGAGCUGUCUGCAAAUAAAGCAUACUUCUAUGAAGCAUAUGUAGGUUUCAAGACAGUUGAGUCUCUUAGACAGCAGUAUGUUUUAGUCCCAAAAAUGGUGAAGGAUGUUUAUCUGCUACACAUUUUGUCCAGAAUGGAAGACAUGGGUAUUCGAUCUGCCAUCAUUUUUGUUUCCACCUGCAGUAAUUGUCAUCUCCUAAGCUUAUUACUGGAAGAGCUUGAUCUGGAAGCAGCAGCAUUACAUUCAUUUAAAUCCCAGUCUCUGAGGCUUGCUGCACUACAUAGAUUCAAAUCCGGACAGGUUCCUAUAUUGAUUGCAACUGAUGUUGCCAGUCGUGGUUUGGAUAUUCCUACUGUUGAUAUUGUUAUCAACUAUGAUAUUCCGAGGUACCCAAGGGACUAUGUCCAUCGUGUUGGUCGUACUGCUAGAGCAGGCAGAGGGGGGCUGGCUUUGAGCAUUGUUACAGAGAAUGAUGAAGAUCUUGUUAAAGCAAUAGAAGCUGAUCUUGGGAAACAAUUGGACCAAUUUGACUGUAAAAAGAAAGAGGUAGAGGUGCCUACUGAUGUCACAAAGGUUUUCAAGGCCAGACGUGUGGCAGAAAUGAAGAAGAAAGAUGGUGGCUUUGAGGAGAAAGUGAAGGCGCGGAAAGAACAGAAACUGAAGACAUUAUCAGAGAAAGGACUACUGAAGAAAAGGAGUAGAAAGAGAAAAAGGAAAACAUAGUGAAUGGUGGGACGUUGAAGUCUCUCUCUCCCUCUGCCCCUCUCUCUCUCCAGAUGGGAAUCAACCCUGUACUGGCGGUAUCAGAGGUAGGGGAUUCUACAAAAAUGUAGUUUGAAGGAGCCGCCUUGUGACAUUUGGCUGUGGUAAUAUUUAUUAGUUGUUACUAAAUUUUUUUUUUUUUUUUUU